CAUCAUCAGUUCGUUCUCUCCUCUCCUCUCCAUCAGUUCCGAUCGACCACCAACUUCUUCCAUUUUCUCUCCUCUCUCAGACGGUUCGCCCUUCUCAUCUUCUCUCUCAGUCGGCCAGUACAUUACCAUCUCCUCUCUUCUUCUCUUUUAGAAAUGCCUCCAAAAAAUAAAGGAAAUGGCAAGGGCAACAACAGGAAACGAUAUAAUACUCACGUUGUGGACCCAGCAACAGAAGCUAGAUUAAAUCCCAUGCCCGUCACUUCUGCUGCAUCUUCUGACCAGGGAUCAUCUGCGUCCUCCCAGGCUAGUGUAGGUGUUCCUGCUAUGACUUCUGCUCUUCCUCCCACUUACAUGUUGCCUCCAGUACAUCCAGGAUAUUAUGGCACCACACCUCCUUUUGGGAUCUUACCUCCUACCUAUCAUUUCCCACCAUAUUCAGUCCCACCACAAAACUUUCCCUUUCCCCAGCAACAACAAAUCCCUCCACAACAAAAUCCACUCAUUCCCCAACAACAAAUCCCUCCACAACAAAACUCACCCUUUCCCCAACAACAACAAAACACACCACAACCCCAACAAGAAAAUGUGGUCGAAGAGGAUGGUGCAACCCAGAUGAAUGGUGGUAGAGAGCUGGUGUCGUAUCAUGAAGUUUACCCGGAUUAUCCGAAAGAUUCUCUUGGUCGAUACAUUUUAAGGCCUAGUGGAAACUCCUUUUUGCCAUGCAAACCGGCUGCUGAAGCUAUCAGAGACAUAAUUCAUAAUUGUUAUCAUCACUUUUGGAAGAAAUAUGGUGACGUGGAUGACGAUGAGAAAGACCGCUGGUUUAAGCUCUUUGAGUGCAAGUGUUCUUGGGACGCCAUUUAUCAGGAUAUAAUGCGGCGUAAUUUUCACAUUAGAGUUUCUGCCCGUUUUUCAGAUUUGCUUAGAAGAGCCCGUUUUCGGUUUGAGGAGACAGGAAAACGGCCACAUUGGAUUGGCUCGCCUAUCUUUGCUGACUUGGUUAAGUAUUGGGCGUCUGAUGAGUUCAAGAAAGUAUCACAGAAAGCAAAGACGAACCGGGCCUCGGAAAAGGGAGGAUGCAUUCACACUGGCGGUUGUUUAAGCAACGGCGAGCAUGCCGAUCGAUUGACUACGAGGUUACGCCGCGAUCCUUUUAUUAAUGAGAUUCACGACAAAACACACAAAACUAAGUCUGGCCAAUACUGUGACGACCGUGCAAGGAGAGUGCAGGAGGAGUAUGACCGGCUGCUUGCCGAGGCUAUUUCUAAAGGAGCAACUGUUGAUCACUCUUUGACCUUCCGCACUUGGAAAAAAGUUGUCGGCGAGAAGAAGAAAGGGAAGCUCUACGGUCUUGGUAACUUGGCUGCUAACUAUCGGGCGGGUAGUGUUGCAUCAACGCUCACAUUUACGCUCAAUCAUGGUGAAGGAUCUUCCCGGUAG